CUCUUUAAAAUAGCUUCCCCCUCUCCAGUUUUUAUUGUAAACGAAAUGUGCUACUUUACAACUAAAUAAUGGAUUUCCAUCCAAACACUGCCUCUGACUUAGCUUAUUUGACAAGCUUUGACAAUCUGAUGUACAAAGGAGAAAGAAAAUAUAAAAAAGAAAAAAACGCAGACUAGAGUUAAUUGUUGCUUUGAGCUCCAAGCCCGCCUACUCUCUUUGCAUCAACCCAAUUAGUUAAGUCACAGAUAAAUAGAAUGCAGUAUGCAGCGAUUUAGAAGCAAAGGGACCACACUUUUAGGGUAUUUGGCAGUGCCUCACCUUAAGAAGAAAGCUCUAAAUUCAUGGUCUGCAGUUCAGGACACUUAUUCCUCUACAAAGGACCUGUUUGAGAGGCAUAGGGUGGUGUUUACAGUUGGAACUUCUGUAGCAUCAGUUGCUACAGCAUGGGGCGGGUAUUGCUUACGCCAUCUUUAUGAAUCAAAAGUUGAUCAAAGGCUCGAAUCAAUUGAGAAAGCUAUGAAAAACAAUUAUCACCUUGAACAUGCAGAAUUCAAAAAGCUUGUGGAUCCAGGAAGCUCCAGUAUUGCUACCUGCAUUGCUACUGCAGGGACGACAUUUGUGGUCGGUUAUGGCUUUGGUUGGCGAGGCGGAAGAUGGUAUACAAAUAGGAAGUUCAGAAAGGAACAGAUGAAAAUGUUAGAGCAGAUAAAACCCAAACGGUGGCAGUUGCUGGGUCGAGUGAGACCUAGGGAGUGGGAAUUCCAAUUUAUUAAAAGAAGAUUAACAAGAUAUAAAGCACCUGAAAACGGAGUUAUUAACAAGAUAUAAAGCACCUAAAAACGGAGUCAGGACAUGUGAAAGAUACUGAAGGUGUCUCCUACUGCACAUGAUCCUGGAGAAUUUACCAGUUUUGUUAGAAUAAAUACAGUUGUAUUCUUUUAUUAUUUUUGUUUAGAUAUCCCAAAAUCAUGGGAAAAGAAAAAACUGGUAUAGUUCUUAUUGAAGAUGGUUUUCUUUACUGAAAUUGUGGGUGUAAUGCAUAAUAUAAUCUUUUUUCUCUUUAUCCU